AUGGGUAUAUGCGUAACUAGAAAUACGGAUUACACGUGCAUGUAUUUACCAACUAGAGUGUUACCAAUUGGUGUAAAAAUCUAUCAACUCAUUACCAUAAAUCUAUCAUUCAUUCGUUUCGUUGCCUUUUGA